AUGUUUGCUGACUAUUGCUUUACUCUGUUGAUACUGAUGUUAUGCUCUGCUCCUUUUGCCGAUAUGGCAGCUGUCGGUCAUAUUGCGCUGAGCACAAAGAAUUUGGACAGUAACGCUGAAAAUUUCAGGGAGAGUUCGACCGAUGGAGGUCAGCUCACGUUGAAACCAAAUGAGCGACGUCAUAAAACCGGAAUUCUGGGUCGUCAACUAUCCUUGAAGAAUUCGGCAGAUGAGGACCCAGAUGACCCCAAAAAAAGAACUGACGAUUUCUCAGAGAGAAUGAUGUUGUACAAUGGCGUGCUUCCGUCCCUGUCUCGUGAUAAAACUGGUGGCGUUCUGGGCCAUUCUAUUUUGCAGAGGUCUGCAAACGAAGAGGCACCUGCAGUUAACGAUGAAGCUAAGAAGACGUCCAAGGGUCUGGCUAGGUCGAAGAAAGGUACGUCUUACUAUAAUUGUGAGGUUGUUAGUGGCUACAGAAAUGAGUCUUGGAGACAUUACUGGUACCAUCGGGACGCUAAGCGUCAUUCCCAUUGCUUCGGCGGUGAAAUCGUGGAUUGUAGGACUCUAAGCCAUGUUCUAUGUUUUCAGUCCAUUUAUGUGUAUACAGCUCGGGCAUUGUUCCCCACGUUUCUUCUUAUGUGCGUAGAGGUAGAAUCUGAUCUUCUUGAUCAAGCAGGUUUUGCACAUAUCGUAUAUCAACCUGGCUGGGAUUUUCCAUGCGCAACUGGUGCGAACUUACAUGAGCAUCGGCGUAGUUGGUUCCCUAAUUUUUGUCAGACCUUUCUGUCAGCUUAA